UUCCACAAAAUCUUCCCCAAUUUUCACUCACACUUGUUGAUCGACUGAAGAUCUACCUUUACUUCAAACCCUCAAUCACAUAAUUCUCUUACUGCAAAGCUGGAGCAGUUGAAGACCAUCGGUAGGGAGCUCGCAAUGGGCUCCCAAGGCGGCUUCGGCCAGUCCAAGGAGUUCCUUGACCUUGUCAAAUCAAUCGGAGAAGCCCGAUCCAAAUCCGAAGAAGAUCGUAUAGUUCUACAUGAGAUCGAGAUGCUAAAACGUCGAAUAAACGAGCCGGAUAUCCCCAAACGGAAGAUGAAAGAGUACAUCAUCCGCCUCGUCUACAUCGAGAUGCUUGGUCAUGAUGCUUCUUUUGGGUACAUUCAUGCCGUUAAGAUGACACACGAUGAUUCGCUUUUACUGAAACGAACUGGGUAUUUGGCUGUUACGCUGUUUUUGAAUGAGGAUCAUGAUUUGAUUAUAUUGAUUGUGAAUACGAUCCAGAAGGACUUGAAAUCAGACAAUUAUUUGGUCGUUUGUGCUGCCUUGAAUGCGGUUUGUAAGUUGAUAAACGAGGAGACUAUACCUGCUGUGAUUCAGCAGGUGGUUGAGCUGUUAGGGCACCCAAAAGAAGGGGUUAGGAAGAAGGCCGUGAUGGCGCUGCAUAGCUUUUAUCAGAGAUCUCCAUCCUCUGUGAAUCAUCUUGUAUCCAGCUUCCAGAAGAAACUUUGUGAUAAUGACCCUGGUGUCAUGGGCGCUACACUUUUCCCUCUAUAUGAUCUUAUCACAAUAGAUGUAAACUUGUACAAGGAUUUAGUUGUAAGCUUUGUGAACAUUCUUAAACAAGUUGCUGAACGCAGAUUGCCAAAAAGUUAUGACUAUCAUCAGACACCUGCUCCAUUCAUACAGAUUAAGUUGCUCAAAAUCUUGGCUUUACUUGGUAGUGGCGACAAAAGGUCCAGCGAACAUAUGUAUACAGUCAUCGGAGACAUAAUGAGGAAGAGCGACACAACUAGUAACAUAGGAAAUGCCAUUCUUUAUGAAUGCAUAUGUUGCAUCUCAUCUAUACAGUCGAGUCCAAAGUUAUUGGAAACAGCGGCUGAUGCAAUUGCUAAAUUCCUGAAGAGUGACAGUCACAAUUUGAAGUAUAUGGGCAUCGAUGCUCUUGGUCGAUUGAUACGGUUAAGUCCAGAAAUUGCCGAACAACACCAACUUGCUGUAAUUGAUUGCUUAGAGGACCCUGAUGACACUCUCAAGAGGAAAACCUUUGAGCUGCUUUAUAAAAUGACAAAGUCCUCAAAUGUGGAAGUGAUAGUAGACCGUAUGAUUGAUUACAUGAUUAGCAUCAAUGAUAGUCAUUACAAAACCGAAACAGCUUCGAGAUGCGUGGAACUUGCAGAGCAAUUUGCGCCCAGCAACCAUUGGUUUAUCCAGACCAUGAACAAAGUCUUCCAGCAUGCUGGGGAUCUAGUGAACCCUAAGGUGGCACAUAACUUGAUGCGAUUGAUUGCUGAGGGAUUUGGAGAGGAUGAUGAUACAGCAGAUAGUCAGCUGAGAUCAUCCGCUGUGGAAUCUUACCUGCAAAUAGUUGAUCAGCCAAAACUCCCAUCUGCAUUUCUCCAGGUCAUAUGUUGGGUAUUGGGUGAAUAUGGAACUGCAGAUGGUAAAUAUUCUGCUUCUUACAUCAGUGGUAAGUUAUGCGACGCGGCGGAAGCACAUUCAGAUGAUGAUAUAGUUAAGGCAUAUGCAGUGACAGCACUUAUGAAAGUAUAUUCUUUCGAAAAAGCAGCUGGAAGAAAAUUCAAUUUGCUACCAGAGUGCCAGUCUUUGCUAGAGGAAUUGUCUGCAUCUCACUCAUCUGAUCUCCAGCAACGUGCAUAUGAGUUCCAGGCAAUCCUUGAUCUCGACGCCAAUGCCAUAGAGAAUAUAAUGCCAUUAGAUGCAAGCUGUGAAGACAUUGAGAUUGAUAAGAGCCUUUCGUUCCUUGAUAGUUAUGUCCACAAGUCAUUAGAAGAAGGAGCUGAACCAUAUAUCCCCGAGCAUGAACGGUCUGGAACUCUAAGUAUCAGCAACAUGGGAAACCAAAACCAGUAUGAUACUUCGAGUCAUUCUCUUAGAUUUGAGGCUUACGAGGUUCCAAAACCCGUCAUUCCUAUUGGGAUACCCGCACCAAUUUCUUAUCCAACUGAACUUGUACCCCUACCCGAGCCAUCUUAUCAACGAGAUGUUCAACCCAUUGCGUCUUUGGGACCUGUAUCUGAUGCAGGCUCGACUGGACUCAAGUUACGGCUUGAUGGGGUUCAAAAGAAGUGGGGUAAACCCACGUACUCAUCUGCUGCCUCAUCAUCCACCUCAAACUCGGAUUCCCAUAGGACUACAGUUAGUGGCGCAACACAACCCGAUACUGUGGUAUCUAAAUCCCGUGAAUCAUCUUCUUACGAUUCUUCUUCAAGAAGGCAGCCACAUGUUGAGGUUUCUGAAGAAAAGCAAAAACUUGCUGCUUCUUUGUUUGGGGGUACAUCUUCAAGGUCUGAAAAGAAGCAAUCUGGUGGUACCGCCGCCGGUGGUGGUGGUCAUAGUAAGGUUUCAAGAGUGAGUAAUCACACGGAGGAGAAAGUGCGGCCCACAACCACAGUGGUUCAGCCGCCGCCUCCUGACUUGCUCGAUUUAGCUGAACCAACUGGCACCAUGAGUAGUUCAUCUUCUGUCAUUGAUCCAUUUAAACAACUGGAAGGUCUUCUUGAUAUGAGCGAAGAUGGUAUCACUGCUACUCCUUCUAAUGGUCCUGAUCUUAUGUCCCUUUAUUCCGAAAAUGGGCAGAAUCUGAACCAGAAUACGAUAUUGAACGAGAAAGAUGAUCCUAGUUCAGAGAAUACAACCAAACGAACGGCGUCGUUAACCAAGGGUCCAAGUCUGAAAGAUGCUCUGAACAAAGAUGCACUUGUGAGACAGAUGGGGGUAAACCCAACAAGCCAGAAUCCUAACUUAUUCAGUGAUUUGCUUGGCUGAUUAGUUUUCAUAACACAAAACUCCCAAGAUCACAACUGGAUGCUCCCAGAGGAUAUAAAAAAACAGAUUCUAAGUAGAAGCAAGAAGCGUAAUCGGGCUAUUUGGUGUGCGGGUUUCACGAAGUGUUAAACAGAUUUGCAGCUGAUUGUUAUAAGGUGGUGGUGGUGGUGUAUUAUUAAGAUUGUUGUUUUUCUUUUUGUUUUAAUUACUGGAAGAGGAGUUUAUUGUAUUUUAGGGAAAAGAUUGUUGUUGUUGGUGCUUCAUACAGUGUACAUUUUGUUCUCAUGCAUCCAUAAUAUUCUGAGGCUCAUUGGUUUUGGAUGAA